CGGUUUUAAAUGUUUUCGUUUUCUGAAAUGCCAAAGCGACAUCAGCUGAUGUGUAUAACAAACCAUAUAGACAAUGGCUUUUAUAAAGAUAAGGGCAUGAUUUUUUGAAAUAAAUAAUCACAUAAAGAUGUAGAUUGACUUUGCAAGUGUGAAUCAGUUUCUCCAACAUAAAUCCUCGAUAUUCUAUAGCAUCAUCCGAUUUCACCGGGAAAUAAGCUCAUUUUACCCUCUGCAGCUCCCAUGCAUUGGACGGCAAGAAAAGAUUUGGAUAUAAAGAUUUGAAAACAUGUGUAUUCAUUCUUCCACGUUCUAUUCACACCAUCAAUGUUUGAGACUCUCCCCCCUGUACUAUGCGGCGUCCUUGCCUGAGACUCCAUGGCUCCUGCAUUCGUGGUAGUGAGCCUGUUCUUGAGUCUCGUGGCAGGAGAGCUCCACCCUCAUCGAACCGUCGUGGACCUGAGACGCAUGCAUGCGAACUACGGCAAGCACGCCUUGGACCCGAACAAGCCCAACAUCACCAUAGGAUUCCUCAGUUCAUUUAAGGAACUCGGCAAACUGAUAUGCGGCGCCAUCCCGCUGGCCGUGGACAUGGUGAAUGCCGACUCCGAGCUCCUCCCCAGUCACAAUCUCAAGUUCAUCGCCUAUGACUCGGGCGAACCGAACACGGCAGUCACCAUCAAGAAGAUGACGCAGAUGAAAGAGGAAGGGGUGGUCGCCUUCAUCGGGCCCGAUCACUCGUGCGUCUCGGAGGCCUUGGUAGCCGCUGCUUGGAACAUGCCCAUGAUCACUUACAAAUGCUCUGAUAGCAAAGUAUCCGAGAAGACGAUUUUCUCCACUUUCGCCCGCACACUCCCUCCCAGCUCCAAGGUCUCAAAAUCCCUCAUCGCCCUCCUGAAGGACUUCGAAUGGAACCAAUUGGUCCUGCUCGUCUCCGAUAACCCCUCCGAGAAGCAGAUAGCAGAGGCCCUCAUCCACCUCGCCCAAAAGAACGACAUCACCAUCAUCGAAACCUUCUACCUCCCCGGAGAUUACCUCACCAAGGACAACACCACGCUCAAGGAAAUAGUCAUGCAGACCUACAAAAGAACGCGAGUGUAUGUCCUAAUAGCCGACGCCUAUUCUCUGGUUGAUUUUGUCCGCUUCAUGCAAGUGCAAGGUCUUCUGGACAGUGGCGAAUACGUGGUUAUCGCUUUGGAGAAAGAAGAGACUUACAAUCCGGACAAAGAGUAUCAAUUCAUUCGAAGAGAAUUUGAAGCCGCUUGGUUGGUGGCCGACCCCACUCCUUUUCGCUCCGUGUUGCUGGUCACUCCUGGAGCCCCCAUCCACCCCGACUACUCUCUGUUCCAAGACCUCGUUCUCAACUACUCGGAAUCCCAACCCUUCAACAUACCGUUCCACCCUGUCAUUAAAGUAGAGGUGCCUAUAUAUGCCGGCCUGGUAUACGAUGCUGUGAUGAUCUACGCUAGUGCUCUGACCCAAGCGCUCGCCGACAACAUAUCCGAAUACAAUGGCUCCGCUGUUUUCCAAUAUAUCAAAUCAAGACCUUAUGAAAGUAUUCUGGGUUUCAGUGUGAUGAUCGACGACCAGGGGGAUGCGGAGGGCAACUACACAGUGAUGGCCCUGGUGGAAGACGAUGAAGAGCCGCCUACGCAGAGGAUGAAACCCGUCGCCCGGUUUACCUAUCAGGAAUCGAAAGACCUGCCGUUAGUGAAAAAGGAGCGUCCCAUCAACUGGAUUUCAGGAACACCUCCGAAAAGCGAGCCACAAUGUGGCUUCACGGGAGAAAAGUGCGAGACGAAACCGGAAUGGAAAAUGAUAUCAAUUUACAUAGUGUGCUUUGCUAUCAGUGUUGGUGCUGCAAUGUUCACGUUUCGCCAUUAUCGAUAUGAGCAGAAGUUAGCUGGUCUUCUGUGGAAAGUUGAAAUGAAAGACCUCGUACUUCUCAGGUCAGAUCACGAUGGUGCGUUUCAAAAGUUCAGGAACAAUCUCUAUGAAAUGGAGACGAGCAAGACGGAUAGCGAAGUGCCAUCCCUCAUGGACGAUCCCGUGACAGGCCGGACGCAGUCCAGGGUUGGCUUCUACAAAGGGAACGCCGUCUUCAUUUAUCACGUGUACAAGAAGAGCAUCGACCUCACCAGGAGCCUCAGGAAAGAGAUGAUACAGAUCCGAGAAAUGCGGCACGAAAACAUCAAUCCCUUUAUCGGCGCUUGCGUGGAUCCUCCCAACAUAUGUAUCUUGACUCUAUUCAGCACAAGAGGAAGUUUGCAAGAUGUACUGAAGAAUACGGACCUGCAUCUGGAUACGAUGUUCAUAGCUUCUCUGGUCGCAGAUCUUGUCAAGGGCAUGAUCUACAUUCACGACAGUGAGAUCAUCUCCCACGGUAAUCUGAAGUCAUCCAACUGCAUCGUAGACAACCGCUGGAUGCUUAAGAUUACGGACUUCGGUCUGCACGAAUUCCGCGCCAACCAAGACCUGCCUGCAGACGUGCAAGACGUCCGGAACAGAUCCAUCAUGUGGCGUGCUCCAGAACUCCUGAAAAAGCUGAGUUACCAUCCCCGUGGGACACAAAAGGGGGAUGUGUACUCCUUUGGAAUUAUCCUUUUUGAAAUACUGGGCAGAAAAGGGCCGUGGGGUUUGCCGGAACCCUCCUUAAAAUAUAUUGAAGAUCGCGUGUGCAACCCUCAGCACUACGGCGGCGAGUUGUUUCGUCCCCCCUAUCACACGCUCGACUGUCCGGACUACCUGAAGCAGUGCAUGGAAGAGUGCUGGCAAGAAAACCCCGACGACAGGCCGGAUUUCAAAUUCAUCAAAAUUAAGCUAAGGCCUCUGCAUUUGGGUUUAAAUGCGAAUAUCUUCGACAACAUGAUAUCGAUUAUGGAGAAGUACGCGUGCAACCUGGAGAGCGUCGUGAAAGAAAGGACGAACCAAUUGCUGGAGGAAAAGAAGAAGACUGAAAACCUGUUGCUGCGAAUGCUUCCAAAACCUGUUGCGGAGCAACUCUUAAGGGGAGAGAAAGUGGAGGCCGAGAGCUUCGAUUCUGUCACCAUCUAUUUCAGCGACAUCGUGGGAUUCACAUCACUCUCUGCCAUUAGCACGCCUUUGCAGGUUGUGGACCUCCUGAAUGAUUUGUACACUUGUUUUGAUUCCAUCAUUGGUAACUACGAUGUGUACAAAGUGGAGACCAUCGGAGACGCCUACAUGGUGGUCAGCGGCCUGCCCAUUCGGAAUGGCGAUCGUCAUGCAGGGGAGAUUGCAUCCCUGGCCCUCAGGCUGCGCCAAGCCAUCGAAACUUUCGAGAUAAGGCACAGACCCAAGGAGAGAUUGAGUCUGAGGAUUGGUAUUAAUUCGGGACCUUGUGUAGCUGGUGUAGUUGGUCUCAAAAUGCCGAGGUAUUGUUUGUUUGGGGACACAGUCAAUACUGCUUCGAGAAUGGAAUCUACAGGAGAAGCCAUGAAAAUCCAUGUAAGUGAAGCGUGCAAGAAAGUUCUCGACAAGCUUGGAGGAUAUCGCUUAGAAGAAAGAGGUCUAGUUCAAAUUAAAGGCAAAGGGGAGAUGAGAACUUACUGGUUGUUAGGCAAGGAAGUGUACGAUCCGCUGUUCCCGCCAACGUCAUCCCCAUGCCAUUCCCACCGUUCCAGAACAUUCAGCGAAAGACGCCCCCUCACCGACUUUCCGAGCGAUGGCAGCGUCGAUAGGGCCUCCUUCACCACUUCUUCAAACACUAACGACAGCUGCACGAGCUUGUUUCACGAGUGUAAGAAGAAUGCCAAAAAUGCAGCUUUCCGGUCCAACGGGUACAGAUCAGCGCCCUCUAUCGGUAUCAAUGAGUAUUAUUCCUCAUCGAAUUUCAUACUGUGAUACUGCAGAAGCUACGAUGAUUAACCAUUGAUGAAAACGAUGCAGGGUUGAUUUAUGUCGGAAGGCAGAAUAUUUGUUCUGAGAAAUGCCUGAAGAAUUGGUACUAUUUGUGAGACAGGUCAGUAUUUCUGUGAAACAAGUCAAUGUUUCUGUGAGGAAAAGCAGCGUUUUUGUGAAAAAAGUCAAUGUUUCUGUGAGACAAGUCAAUGUUUCUGUGAGACAAGUCAAUGUUUCUGUGAGACAAGACAGUAUUUCUGUGAGACAAGACAAUGUUUCUGUGAGACAAGACAAUGUUUCUGUGAGACAAGUCAAUGUUUCUGUGAGAAAGUCAAUGUUUCUGUGAGAUAAGACAGUGUUUUUGUGAGAUAAGUCAAUGUUUCUGUGAAAUAAGUCAGUGUUUCUGCGAGACAAGUCACUGUUUCUAUGAGACAAGUCUGUGUUUCUAAAUAGGCUCCGAUUAUGACGCUAUCAGACUCACUAAGAGGAUAUGAAUCGGAAAAAACCCUUUCCUGCAAAAGAUAAAUUCUACUGUCAGAAUCAAUAUUACUGCUAUUCUAUGAUACGUUCUAAUUUAAUUUGCAAUAGAAAUCUUCGUCUUGCACAAGAAGUGAUUUUUUUUUAAAUUUGGUGAUUUUAAUCAAAAAAUCUAAGAGAUUAAUGUAUUUCUUUUAAUAUCAAACUUCAUUGCACUAAAUGUAAAAUGAAAUGUUUGUGAGUCGAGUGAUGUCAAAAUAUCUUUGGAAACCCAUGUCUGACUACUCGUAUGAACAUACCUUAAUUGACUUUUCUUAUUAGUGCUGAAGAGAAAGUAUUCGCAAAAGAAAGGAAUGUAGCCUUGCUUGCGAGGCAAGUGUUCCUAUAACAGGCACUCAUCAUAGCUCAAUCUGACUCGCUAAAAGGUAUCUGAAAAUUCAUUUCUUUCAAAAAGAUAAUAUCUGCUACCUCAGUUAUUGUUAUUUUAUGAUGUGUCCUAAACUAAUUUGCAAUAGGAUUCUCUUUCGUACACAAGAAGAGGGUUUUUUUUUAUUUGGUGAUUUUAAUCAUAAGAUCAUAAAAAAAUAAAUUUAAUUCUAACAUCGAUGCAUUAAGAUUAAAAUCAAAUCUAAGUGAGUUGAAUGACGUCACGAUCUCAUUGGAAACUCUGAUUGUUUAUUGUUAAAAACUCUCUCUGAAACUCUGAUUGUUAUAUUGGAAGUCUGACUCGCAUUAACUAAUCUUGUUGGUGCUGUAGAGAAUGUAGAUAACAUUGUGGUGAUAUAUUGAUUACUUCAGAGUAAAUUUAAAAAAUCAUCUAACGAGCUUCUAUUUUGGUUAUACCAAAUGUUGAGAAUCAAGAAUGUUUGAUUGAUGAUAAAUUGGUGGUGUUAAAUUGGUGAUAAUUUAACAAUAUUUUCUUAUAUCUAUAGCUUAUUUACAAGCUACCAGAGUUGUAUAUCUUCCAAUUCUAUGUAAAUUUCAAUUAUAAUUCUUAUUUAUCUGUAAAGAUAAAAAUUUAAGUAAAUGCCAGUCAAGUACGUAACUCCAUCUUUUGAAAAAACAGUUUUCUUGACCUAAUGGCUAAUGACACUAAUUUCAAGGUGAAAUGUAUAUAAUAUUACCAUGUUAAUUUUGAGAUUUGGUAACUUUCUUAGAAUUCAUUGUUAAAUGAUUAUUCGAUUGUGUAUUUUCAGAAAUAAAAUAAUUUCAUUAGUCUACGUAAAGGGCGUCACUGUCACUUUGUUGCUGAAACUUGAUGUUUUUCUUAAUAUUGAAAUUUUAAUUUAUAGAGUAUCAUAUGUGGGUAAUUUUUGUAUGAGCCACUAUGUAAGCCCAAAAAUUCUUUAUUUUAUGCAAAAUGUUUGCUAAAUAAUGCUUUACAAAUUCACUCAUUGUUAUUUAAUUCAUUAUUGUUAUUUUAAAAAAUUGCAAAAACAAUUAAUAGUGAUUUUAUAAAUGAAUGAUUUUUGUAUGAUAAUAAAUUAUUGAAUCCUUUAUACUGUGAUUAAAUUCUG